AAAUAUUGUUACCAUAAAUUCAUAAACUUUCGUUAAACUUAAAGUGAUUUAUACACAUAGUAUAUUCAAAUAUCGAUAAAUGUAUUUUGCUAAUCAAAUCGUAUAUUCUUUUAUACCAGUUUUUUAACGUCAUCUCGCCAAAACAACAACAAAUAGAUGUAAAAUAAUGAAAGAAAACAAAAAACAAGAUCCAUGGGGAAGAGUCACAUGCAUGGAGCAUGCAACUAGCUUACUUCAUCCAAUUCCCACUCAAAAUUCUCUCUUUAUAUAUACACUUUCUCUACCACUACUUCCCUCAAAACAAGCUAACUCGAUCCUUCUCACUAAAGCGAUCGUACCGAUCUUAAUAUCUUUAGCGAGCGAGAGAGAGAGAGAUAGAAAUCCUGAGAGGAAAGAGAGGAUGGAGAUCGAAAAAAGCAAUAACGGUGGUUCGAACCCAUCUGCAGGAGAAGAAUUUAAGGAUAUGAUUAAGGGAGUGACUAAGUUCUUGAUGAUGGUGAUUUUCCUUGGAACCAUCAUGCUUUGGAUCAUGAUGCCAACACUAACCUAUCGAACCAAGUGGUUGCCACAUCUGCGUAUCAAGUUUGGAACAUCCACUUAUUUUGGUGCCACAGGGACGACGCUUUUCAUGUAUAUGUUCCCAAUGAUGGUCGUAGCUUGUUUGGGAUGUGUCUAUCUUCACUUCAAGAAUCGAAAGUCGCCACACCAUAUCGAUAGGGAGACGAAGGGAGGAGUGUGGAGUAAACUAAGAAAGCCAAUGUUAGUGAAGGGGCCAUUAGGAAUAGUCUCAGUGACUGAGAUCACCUUCUUGGCGAUGUUUGUGGCUCUUCUUCUCUGGUGCUUUAUCACUUAUUUGCGCAAUAGCUUCGCCACUAUCACUCCUAAAUCAGCUGCCGCACAUGACGAAUCUUUGUGGCAAGCGAAGCUGGAAUCAGCGGCGCUAAGGUUAGGACUGAUCGGAAACAUAUGUUUGGCGUUCUUGUUCUUACCGGUGGCUCGUGGGUCAUCGUUGCUACCGGCAAUGGGAUUAACCUCGGAGUCAAGCAUCAAAUACCAUAUAUGGCUCGGCCACAUGGUCAUGGCCCUUUUCACCGUUCAUGGUCUUUGUUACAUAAUUUACUGGGCCUCAAUGCAUGAAAUCUCCCAGAUGAUCAUGUGGGAUACGAAAGGUGUCUCAAAUUUGGCCGGAGAGAUAGCUCUGGCGGCCGGACUUGUGAUGUGGGCCACCACAUAUCCGAAGAUAAGGAGAAGAUUCUUCGAAGUCUUCUUCUACACUCACUAUCUCUACAUCGUCUUCAUGCUCUUCUUUGUCCUCCACGUCGGCAUAAGUUUCUCCUUCAUCGCUCUCCCUGGUUUCUACAUCUUCUUAGUCGAUCGUUUCCUUCGGUUUCUUCAGUCACGUGAAAAUGUUCGCUUGCUCGCUGCUCGGAUUCUUCCUUCCGACACUAUGGAGCUCACUUUCUCCAAAAACUCUAAGUUGGUUUAUAGCCCGACGAGCAUAAUGUUUGUGAACAUACCGAGCAUUUCAAAGCUGCAAUGGCAUCCGUUUACGAUAACUUCCAGUAGCAAACUCGAACCAGAGAAGCUAAGUAUUGUUAUCAAGAAAGAAGGCAAAUGGUCAACUAAGCUUCACCAGAGGCUUUCUUCUUCUGAUCAGAUCGACCGACUUGCUGUUUCUGUAGAAGGUCCUUACGGCCCUGCUUCCGCCGAUUUCUUAAGGCAUGAAGCUUUGGUUAUGGUGUGCGGAGGAAGCGGGAUAACUCCGUUUAUCUCUGUUAUUCGUGAUUUGAUCGCCACAAGCCAAAAGGAAACAUGCAAAAUCCCAAAAAUAACUCUCAUUUGUGCGUUUAAGAAGUCUUCAGAGAUCUCCAUGCUCGAUCUUGUCUUGCCAUUAUCCGGUCUUGAGACUGAACUAUCCUCCGACAUUAACAUCAAAAUCGAAGCCUUCAUAACCCGAGAUAAUGAUGCAGGAGAUGAAGCAAAAGCUGGGAAAAUCAAAACUCUCUGGUUCAAACCAAGUCUUUCAGACCAAUCCAUCUCAUCAAUCCUCGGACCAAACUCAUGGCUUUGGCUCGGUGCAAUUCUCGCAUCUUCGUUCUUGAUCUUCAUGAUAAUUAUUGGUAUCAUCACUAGGUAUUACAUUUACCCGAUCGACCACAACACCAACAAGAUCUAUUCUUUGACUUCAAAAACCAUCAUAUAUAUCUUGGUCAUCUCCGUGAGCAUAAUGGCGACUUGUAGUGCGGCUAUGUUGUGGAACAAGAAGAAGUAUGGUAAAGUUGAAAGUAAACAGGUCCAAAACGUCGACCGUCCAUCUCCAACAUCUUCUCCUACCUCAUCAUGGGGUUACAAUUCCUUGAGAGAAAUCGAAAGUACGCCACAAGAAUCGCUCGUGCAACGCACCAAUCUGCAUUUUGGAGAAAGACCUAAUCUCAAGAAACUUCUACUUGAUGUGGAAGGUUCGAGUGUGGGAGUUCUUGUUUGUGGUCCUAAGAAGAUGAGACAAAAGGUUGCGGAAAUAUGUUCCUCUGGUUUGGCUGAGAAUCUUCAUUUUGAAUCUAUCAGUUUCAGCUGGUGAUUGCGUAUAUAACUCUGUUUUCACUAUGUGUUGUGCAAUUUGCUUGAGUUGCAAGUUAAUAAGGUGGCCCUGUGAUUUGACCUAUCUUUGUGUGCUUUACAUUGACUUUUCCUGUUUUUUGUUUUUCUUUAUCCUCUUCUAGGAAUAUUCAGUGUUAAAAAAAAAACUUCCUUUCAAAAGUUCCGGAAUAUCCUUUUUUUGUUUGUAACACAAGGCAUACAGCUUUUGUAAAUUGUAAAUGUUGAAAUAUAAUACUCAUGUUGGGUCAUAUA